AUGGAAGGAAUAUCUAAAAUAACCUCAGUGAGGAGGCAAAAGACGUACGAAGAUGACGAUGACUAUUACGAUGAUGAUGGAGACAAUCGGAGCAUACGGGAGGUGCCUAGAACCAUCCCAGCAAGCAAUUUAUACACAAAACAAAGAAUAAAUUCUAUACAGAAGGUGAGAUCAGCAAGUGUAGCUGAAAAUCCAUUUUUCAAACCAAGAAGUAAUGCAUUUAGUGAACCCAGUGAUACAACCAGUAAACUCGAUAAUGUGUACAGUAAUAUCGACGACCUUGAAACGUAUGAUAGCUACGAUCCAGGAAAUAUCCUUAAAUCAGCCAGUGCCGUUUCAACUAGGUUCAAUAGAUCGAGGAAGAAUAUGAAUAAUUCUGUCAAAUUAGUAACGAAACCUAAUGUGGAUAACCAAGACAAGUUAUGGGCUGAGUUAGAUGCCUUGGACGAUGUAAAGAGGGUAGCUCGCACUGAGAAUGUAUACAAUAGAUUUUCAGAAGGUUUCAGGGAGAAAGUAUUUAAAAUCAGAGAAUCACAUGUUAAACUGAUUCAAGUGUUAAGAGAGAAAAAUGCCAAAUUGGAAGAAAAACAACGUCGUGACGUUGCUGCAGCAGGCAUAACGGCAGCAGGAUCAAUUUCCGACAGCAACAGUAGCCACCUCCAUGGGAGUGCGUUGAGAGUUGCUGGAAGUAUGCCAAGUUCUGCAGGUGCGACUGUAGAUCCAGAAGAGGGCAAAUAUAUACAGCAGUUAGUGGAUACGAUACGAGAUAUUCGUUCGUAG